AUGCCCAAGCUAUACAAAUAUUCAGAUGUACAAAAGCCUCUAAGAGGAUCAGAAUCGGAGUUGUCUUUAUUAAUCAGUAAGAGACAAAAUACAAAUUAUUUCACAUACCAAGAAACACCAGUUCAACAUAAGACUUCAUCGAAAUAUGAUCCUGAGAACCCGAAUAGGAACAAGCUUGGCACGUUUGAUGGAGUGUUUAUUCCGACGACCUUAAAUGUAUUAUCUAUUUUGAUGUUUCUAAGAUUUGGAUUCAUCAUAGGGCAGAUGGGGAUACUUGGGACGUUAUUUAUCUUGAUUAUAUCAUACGGAAUUAACUUGUUGACAACGUUAAGUAUAUCCGCUAUAUCUACAAAUGGCACAGUGCGCGGUGGUGGAGCAUAUUAUAUGAUAUCUCGUUGUUUGGGUCCAGAAUUUGGUGGUUCAAUAGGUUUAAUAUUCUUUUUAGGUCAGAUAUUAAACAGUGGUAUGAACGCUGUGGGUAUGAUAGAACCGUUGUUCUACAAUUUUGCUCUCCCGGAUGGCAUUCACACUCCAUCUGUGAUUGGGAUAUUUCCAAGAGGUUAUUGGUAUGAGUUCAGUUAUUCCAGUUUCAUUCUUUUAUUAUGUUUGGGCGUAUCUCUGGUGGGUUCUACGACAAUUUCUCGUGCUGGGAAUGUGCUGUUCUUCUUAUUGUUAAUAGCCAUUAUAUCUAUUCCAUUUUCAGCUUUAGUGGUUGAGCCAUUUGAGAGAAAUGGCAUAGUUUAUACUGGUCCAUCCUGGACAACAUUUUAUGGGAAUUUAUUCCCUCAGCUUACCCAAGGUGCAGCAGGUUCUGUAUUAGAUGGUAAGGAAACGUUUAACAACCUAUUUGGUAUUUUCUUCCCAGCCACUGCAGGGAUAUUUGCUGGGGCUGGAAUGAGUAGUGAGUUGAGAAAGCCUUCGACAUCAAUACCCAAAGGAACUUUAUGGGGUUUGUUACUGACAUUUAGCUUUUAUAUGUUCGUUAUUAUUUCCUUGGGAACUACAGUUCCUCGAGAAUCAUUACAUAAGGACGUGCAGAUUAUUCAAUCUGUGUCGGUUGCACAGAUCCUGAUAUUUAUAGGGGAAUUUUCAACUUCGUUAUUCUCUAUUAUUGUUGGAAUCGUUGGUGCUGCUUAUGUUCUAGAAGCUAUAUCUCGUGAUCGAAUCAUACCUGGUCUUUCGAUUUUUGAAAAGAAUCCUCAUUAUGCCUUAUUGUUCUCAUGGUUUUUAACCCAAUUGGUAUUAUUUUCCGAUGUCAAUAGGAUUGCAACAUUCAUUACGAUGACAUUUCUAAUGACGUUCGUUGUAAUGAACUUAGCUUGUCUAUUGUUAGAAAUAUCAUCCGCGCCAAAUUUUAGACCAUCGUUUAAGUGGUUUAAUCGCUACACCGCUUUCACCGGUAGUUUAUUUUGUAUCAUAGCAACUCUGAUCGUUGACACUAUUUCUGCCUCUUUUGUGCUUCUAUCUUUACUAUCCCUCUUCGUUCUCAUCCAUUACACAUGUCCUCCAAAGCCAUGGGGAUAUGUCUCUCAAUCGUUGAUCUAUCACCAGGUUAGAAAGUACCUAUUGCGUCUGAGACAAGACAAUGUGAAAUAUUGGAGACCACAGGUGCUUUUGCUAGUUGAUAAUCCGAGGACCAGUUGGAACCUAAUCAGAUUCUGUAACCAUUUGAAAAAAGGAGGACUAUACAUCCUUGGACAUGUAACUGUUAGUAACAAUUUCCAAAAUCAAUUCAAUGAGCUGAGGAAGCAGACAAGGGCGUGGGUUAAAAUCAGAGAUAUGGCGAACAUAAAGGCAUUUGUACAUAUUGGAACAGGCCCAACUCUACCAUGGGGGGUCCGUAACGUGUAUUUAGGCUCCGGAUUGGGUGGUAUGAAACCAAAUAUUACCGUUCUUGGAUUUUUUGAUUUGGGGGCUUACUAUGAAUCUACUAAAAAAUCUACUUACAGGGCUUCCGCAAAUGAAUUAUCGAGAGUAGAAUCCUACUCUCCGUUGAAGAAACGUAUGCCAAUUGCCAAUCAUAUUCCUGACUGCGAGGGCAGUCUACCAACAGAUGAGUGUAAGAACGAAAUGAAGAUUAAAGUUCAGCAAUGGGUACAAAUAAUCGAAGAUCUGUCAUUAAUGCAAAGCACCAUUGCAGUGGCACACGGCUUUAAGAGUCUUGUGCUUCCUAGUAAGAACGACCAUUGUGAAAUACGUUAUGUUGAUUUAUAUCCAAUCCAGAUGUCAGCAAAAAUGGUUAAUGAAUCGUCUUUAGAAGCUAUCGUCACUACAAAUUUUGACACUUAUACUUUGAUUUUACAAUUAGGGGCAAUUCUAGUUACUGUUCCUGAUUGGAAAAGAAAUCAAAAAUUGCGAGUCAUCGUAUUUGUUGAAAGUGAGAAUGAACGUGCUGACGAAAAGAAAAGAAUAACAAAUCUAUUAUCUAUAUUGAGAAUCGAAGCAGAAACAUUGGUGUUGGCAUUGGAUCAGUUCCGAGUUUACAAUACAAUUGUUAAGGGAGAUUCUGCUCAUUUCGAUCACGUUAAUGAUGUUUUAAAGGACGAUGACUGGUGGAAUGAGUUGGUUGAGGCAAGGAAGGUACAUAAGGUUUCUCACGUAUUGAAGGUAAGUAACCGAGAAAGAGUUUCCGUUCCGGAAUCAGCAACGAUGAGCAGCGGAUACAAUAUUUCUAGAUUACAACGGCUUGGCAUCCCCCUAACAAUGAACACCAAUAUACCAGUCCCUGACCAGCCUUCAUUAUUUUACGAUUCUGACGAGGAAGGCAUAUCUGAUUUUCUGGACCUGUCAACUUCUUUGUUGUCAUUAGACCAUGAGGAAAUAGCCAAGUCCCCAAGAAGAGCUCUUAAAACGGUAAAAUCGAAAUCGAAAUUUAGAGAUGACAGAUCCGUCCGCUCAUUGUUGCCCGUGUUUUCAAGCGACGCUAUUCCCAAGACUAGAAUCAUAGAAGAUUCCACUGGAGAACAUCCUUCCUUGAUCCCUAUUGUGGAUAAGGCAGAUGACCCUAAUUCUAGGCGUAGAGAUAUUAGAUCUACCUUGUCUUCGUGUCAAACAAAUGACUGUGUUUCUGAAGAAAUUGUGGAGGUUAAAUUUAACAAUAUACCUAGUAGGGCACAGCAUUUAAUUAUGAACGAUAUGAUGAUGCAAGUUUCUGGAAAAUCUCAUUUGAUAUUUUCAACGUUACCUAUACCUGCAUUGGGUACGCAUAAUAAUAAAGAUGCGAGUCUCCAGUAUGUCGAAGAUUUAGAUCUAUGGCUAGAGGGUUUACCGCCCACAAUGUUAGUCAAUUCACAAACCAUGACAGUUACAACUGCAUUGUAA